CGAGAGCGGGCUCAGCAGAUUGAGGAGGAAACCAUCAAGUUUGGGAAGCCUCUGGGCAUCCGCACGGUGGCCGUGAUCGGAGGCAUCUCCCGCGAGGACCAAGGCUUCCGCCUUCGCAUGGGCUGCGAGAUUGUCAUCGCCACACCAGGGCGUCUCAUCGACGUGCUGGAGAACCGGUACCUGGUGUUGAGCCGCUGCACCUACGUGGUGCUGGACGAGGCGGAUCGCAUGAUCGACAUGGGCUUCGAGCCCGACGUGCAGAAGAUCCUGGAGCACAUGCCUGUCACCAACCAAAAACCCGACACUGAUGAGGCCGAGGACCCCGAGAAGAUGUUGGCCAACUUUGAGUCAGGGAAGCACAAGUACAGACAGACUGUCAUGUUCACGGCCACCAUGCCGCCAGCAGUGGAGCGCCUGGCCCGCAGCUACCUCCGUCGUCCGGCCGUGGUCUACAUCGGCUCUGCCGGCAAACCCCACGAGCGGGUGGAGCAGAAGGUCUUCCUCAUGUCAGAGUCGGAGAAGAGGAAGAAGCUGUUGGCCAUCCUGGAGCAGGGCUUCGACCCGCCCAUCAUCAUCUUCGUCAACCAGAAAAAGGGCUGCGACGUGCUGGCGAAGUCCCUGGAGAAGAUGGGGUACAACGCCUGCACCCUGCACGGCGGCAAAGGCCAGGAGCAGCGAGAGUUUGCCCUCUCCAACCUGAAGGCCGGGGCCAAGGACAUCCUGGUGGCCACGGACGUGGCCGGACGCGGUAUCGACAUCCACGACGUCUCCAUGGUCGUCAACUACGACAUGGCCAAGAACAUCGAGG